AUGCCGGAUGACCUGCUGGUCGCGAAAGAUCUCCUGAAGGAAAGGAAGCUCCAGUUAUACGUCGCACUGCGAGACGGACGUGACCUCUCCGUGCAGCCAAUGGCACGCGAUUGGAUCAGGGAACCGCGGAGCAUGGACUGGAUGCACCUGGUGGAGGCUCCAGUGAGCGAAUUUGGUGUUUGGAAGGGAAGUUUGUGA